CUCAACCGCCACUGCGCAAUUCUCCAUCUCUCACCCAGAAAGAUACGUCAAAUCAUCACAGUUUACUACCAACCUUACCAAUCUCCGCUUAUCACACUAUCCUACCGCAAAAAUGGUUGCUUACGAAGGGCCUUAUGAGGGAAAUGGAAUGUUCAAGUCUUUCACAAAGACUUGGCAUGCCGAGCCGUAUCCCGCCAUCUCUCCUACUCGGCCCGAGCUGAGCGCGGCUGGCAAAGUGGUCUUCGUUACAGGUGGCGGUAGCGGUAUUGGCAAAGCUACAGCCAUUGCCUUCGCGCAGGCUGGUGCUAAGGCCGUUGCUAUCUUCGGACGUCGCGUUGCAGUCUUGGAGGAGGCUGCUAAGGAAAUCAGCAAGGCCAACCCAUCGACGACUGUAAUCACUGAGAGCGCUGAUAUCAGUCAGCGAAAGUCGUUGGAGACGGCAUUUGCUAGUGCCAUCAGCAAAGCUGGGGGCGGCAAGGUCGAUGUUUUUGUCAGCAACGCCGGCUCCCUUAAGCCUCUAGACACAGUUGUCGCAUACGACGAGGGGAAUCUGCGGGCCAGUAUUGAUGAGAACUUGCUGGGCUCGUACUAUGUGAUCCAGACGAUAGCGCCCUCUUUGGCCCCCAAGGCAAAGAUCUUGAACGUCAGCUCCGGCAUUGGUCACAUCAACCCCCUUCCCGGCCUCUGGGUGUACGCAUCGCUCAAGAUCGCCCUCAUCAAGAUGUUUGAUGCCUUCCAGGCCGAGAACCCAGAACUCAGCGUUUUCAACAUCCAGCCUGGAGUGGUUUCAACUGAUCUCAACAAAGUUUCCAUGUUCCCGGGUCAAGACGACGUGAACCUCCCUGGCCAAUUCCACGUUUGGCUUGCUUCGCCCGAAGCCGAGUUCCUCAAGGGGAAGUUUGUAUGGGCCAACUGGGAUGUCGAGGAAAUGAAGACUCACGCAAAAGAGCUCGAAGAGUCCAUGCUCUUGAGGGUAUAUCUCGAUGGCAUUCCCAUGUAAAGAGGCUCCAGCUUGCAGGAAGUUUAUCGUUGAGUUGUAGCACGCGCACAAAGCCGGUGUCUAGAAGUUGUAUCCCAGAUUUUGUAGUAGAACAGCCGUAGAAAACACGUCGGGCUUAUCAACGUUCCUAAUGAUUGUGAGACUUGCUGCCGUUCUAUCGUGUUACCAUGAUUCUUCGAGUAUCCUCCGCGGAUUGUUUCAACGCAGUCCGUCCAGGGAUCGAGACUUUGACGAUUGAGUUUUUGUUAGAAAGUUUCGCAUGACAACUCCAUGAGGGAAGUAGUUACCUUCAUGUAGAUAAGCCCUAAGUAGCUCGAUCGCAAAUUCCAGUUUGACUGUAAUGAUCUCUCUGAUUGAUUGCGUAUUUGACGCACGCGACGUCCCAAUGAACCAGUGGAGAGGAUUUGAAAUAUGUGAUGUUGAGGUGGAAGAACCAUGGUACGCUCGGACUAGAUAGAAACUAUCACCAGGCUUAGUAAGCGCACGUAAUAGAAUAUAUAC